GGCAACACUAUGUUUAUUUCAGAUUCCAACCCUCUCGUUGCAGCAACUCCAGGAACACCAUGAACACCAUGUUAUGCCGCAAACUGUUUGUUUUACCACUCCAUUUUCGCAAUGCCUAUUCAACCCAUUCUCAUUCUCAGAACCUCUUUUCGCACUUUGCCUCCACCAGAUUUAACAUGUCUGCGGCCCACAUCACUCAGAUGUUUAAACGGGCCCCCUACUUGCAGAGGCUUCAAACCCUCGACAAGGUCGAGCAGUUUGUUGAUAUGUUGAACAGAUGCGGCUGCUCUGAAGUCCAAAUUGCCAAGAUAAUGUUGAAACGGCCGCAAAUAAUCAGCAUAAGUGCAGAAAGAAUAUUGGAACCCAAAAUCAAACUGCUGGAAGAUUUCGGCUUUCAAGGUGAAACUUUGGCGAAGCUUUUGGCGAGCUAUCCAUACAUCUUGAGCGUCAGCCUUGAGAACGACCUUCUUCCCAAGAUGGAGUUUCUUAAGAAUCUAUUUCGGUCCCAGGAGUUCCUCGUCCAAUUCCUGCUUAGGACCCCAUCCAUUUUCGGUUAUACCCUGGAGAAGACCCUGAAGCCCUCGGUUGUUUUCUGGGAGAGAUGGGGUUUUCAGGGAACGGAGCUCUUCCAACUCUUACGUUAUAGACCGGUCAUUCUGCAACGCUCUUCUCUAACGCCUGCCCAAGCUGAUCUCAUUCGGGAGAUUGGCGUCGACAAAGGAAGCAAGAUGUUCAAAUAUAUUGUAGGUGCGGUAGCUACUAGCCGAAUGGAAACGCUAAUGGCCAAGAUAGAGAAUCUCAAACUCCGCGGGCUCUCGGCUGAAGAAAUCUGGCAAUUAUGUCGGGUUGUACCUCAAGUCCUUCGUUACUCCAAGGUAAGAGUUAGUGAAACGAUGGACUUUGUAGUUAAAGACGUGGAGCACCCUGCAAAUUAUAUAGUUAAGCACUCCUGGUUGUUGAAAAUAAAUUUGGAAAAGGUUAUAAGGCCAAGGUUUCUAGUUCGGCAGAAAAUCAAAUCCAUGAAUGGCCCGAGCCUUUCUCUUUCGUCAGUAUUGACGAUGACAGAGGCAAGGUUUGUUAGAAAUAUUAUUAGAGGACAUCCUGAAUCUACAACGCUGUGGACAAUUUAUGAAAAUGCCAUCUCUAAUGCCUCCAACCACACACAGAGCUCAAUCCAAUGUUAAUUUGUAUUUUUGGAAAUGAGCAGUGAGAGUGAGGACUCAAAAACCACAAGAAACAUAUUAAUCAAGGUACGAUAUUCAACAACAGAAGCUACGUUCAUAUUCCUCUGCCAUGCAUUCUGUGUCUAAUUGUUCUUUAAGCAAGGUAUGCAUAGUUGUUACUGUCUUUUAAAGUGAGCUAAUUGCUUUCACUGCAGUCAUUCAGUACGAUGUAAUUGGUGACUAUUUAAUAGCUAGAAAUUUUGUUGCAUCUGAAAGGCAUUUCAUUAAAUCGCAUCAUUAUGUUUGGAAUGAGAGUUAUGCUAGAGGAAGGAGUGAACAGUUAAACAUAAUUUUCAGCAAACAAGUUUUCCAGCCUUAAAAUAUUUUCGGAAGCUGUAAUCUUGGAUUUGAUGUAGUAUCAUUUAGAACACCUGAAUCAUUUUUUCUUAACAUUGUUAUGUAUGUCCUUCAAAGAAAUUGUUAAAAUCAGUACACUAGAACAGUAGGUUCUUCCAUUUACAGUGGAAGUUCUUUAGCAGUUGGACAGCAUCACAAAACAUUAUUAGAUGGAAGUCAUAGUUAAUAAAAAUAAGCAUAUAUUUGGGGCUCCAGGUCAUUUCAGGCUCUAACUAGGCAAACUUGCAUUUCAAAAUAAAUUGGAUUUUUAUGGAUUCCAAUUUAGGAUAACAUCGAGAAUAUAUGAAUCAAAUCCGUAAAUUCUUUUAAAAUGAUGGAGCAAGCGGCAAACUCCUAAAUUUUAAUAAACUACUCGCUGUCUUACAUCUAGGAGAUAUUAAGUUGGAGAAAUUGCUCACGAGUCAAUGAAUUUGUGGUCAUUGAUAGACCAAACAAAUUGCUCAGGGUUUAGAGUUAAUGAAUAUGUGGUCAUUGAUAGAUCAAUUAAAUUGCCCAGGAUUUAAAGAAGUUGAUACUAGAAAAAGUGAAUGCCGUAAACGAAGAUUGGGGUUCUAGCCUUAAACCUGAAGGUUUUUAAUAAUGUUUUAACAAAGUGUUCUCAAGAGUGAUCGAGUCUCAGACAAAUUUUACCGAGUAACAUGGAAAUGUAGAAGCCAUUGCAGAUUUCUAUUAAAAUCAUUCAAGUUGACCUAGUCAAGGCAGCGACACUCACUGCUGCUGGCUUGGCUCAGACUUUCAGAGUCUCAAAUUAUGGUUUUAAGCAUGCUACAAUUUUCAUUGCGAAAUUUUGUAACACCAUACCAAUCAUGUAAUCGGUUGAUGGUUUUUUAAUUAAUUUACCUAUGUUCUAUAUAGAGCCAUCUAAAGCAGCGUCACAUGCAUCUAACACUGACAGCUAUUUUCAUUUUCCGUUAUCAAAUAGCUUGUCACAUAUUGGCAAACAUGGCCAAAUUACAGGUUACUUUCUGUGGCUUUUUAUUUGUGUUUUACCAUCAUCAAGUAGUAUACUAUAGAUACAUUUAAUUUGCACAUGCAAAUUCAUAAAUAAAAACUAGUAUGCUUGGACAGAUCAAUGCAAAACAAAUAGGAACACACAAAAGUAUUUUGUUAACAGCACCUAGAAAGAAAUUCGUAGGAAUUCACUUUAAAUGUUGAUCAGAAGAGCUUUGUCAAAUAUCUUACUGCAAAAAUAAUUGUAGAAUCAAAAAGGAAAUAUCUACCAUAGAAUGAAUCUAGAAACCAUGCUUGAUUGGUCUAGAAUUUAUGAGAAAAAGCUGCAGACGGUGCCUACGAAUUUAUUCUCCUUUGUUCCAUUAGAUUGUCUUGGCAGGUCAUGGGUAGCGACACAACCAAUUUUGGUUUGUUUUGGCAGGUGUAUUGAUUAAGUUGAAAAUUUUCCAGAAAAGAAAUAGCUUAAAGUUGAGUGGUAUUGAAUGUAUAUGCCUCUGCUCUGCUCUUCAGCACUUCAAACUACCCUCGCUGUAUCGAAAUGUGCAAGUACGAAUGUGGAGGCAUAGACAAAGCAUGUGUAGUGUUUGACAAAAUGCUUCAAAGAAGUGUGAUCUCAUGGAAUGCCAUGAUUGCAGGAUAUACUCAAACUGGAUGUUGAAAAGCCUUUAGAAACUUUCAAGAAAAUGCAAUUGGAAGGUGUAAAGCCAAAUUCUACAGCCUUUGCCAGUAUCCUCCCUGCCUGUGUCAAAUGGGAGCUUUGAAACAGGGUAUGGACAUCCAUCAAAGCGUAGAGGAUAGAUGAAUUUUGUAGUUGCCACUGCCCUGGUUGACAUGUAUGCAAAAUGUGAAGCAUAAACAAGUCAUCUGAAUUGUUUCAGAGAAUUCCUCAAAGAAAUGUGGUUUUAUGGACUGCAAUGAUUGCAGGAUACGUACAGAAUGGAUUUAUUGAAAAGGCUUUAGAAACUUACAAGAAAAUGCAAUUGGCAGGUGUAAAACCAAAUUCCACAACCUUUGCCAGCAUUCUUCACACUUGUGCCAAAAUGGGAGCAUUGACAUAGGGUGUGGAUAUCCAUCAAAGCAUAAUGGUUGGGUGAUUUUAUUCAAGCAUUAGAGUUGGAAAUGCUCUGGUAGACAUGUAUUCAAAAUUUGGAAACAUAGAAAAGGCAUGCAAACUGUUUGACAGAAUGCCUCGAAGAGAUGCCAUCUCAUGGUAGGCAAUGAUUGCAAGAUAUGCUCAAAUGGAUAAUUGAAGGAUGCUUUCAAAAUCUUUGAAUUAACGAAGCAUUCUGGAACAUAUCUUGACAUAUAGCAUGUGCAUAUAAUGCACAUAAAAAAGAGAAAUUCAAAAUACCAUUCAUCAAUUUUGAAAUAUGAUUUAAAUGAGGCAAUUGCAAUAAUAAUUGCAACACAACGUUGAAUCAGAGA